GAUAGAUUGAGGAUGAAAGUAUUUGUUUUGAUCUGGGCCAUAUUAGCAUUAAUGCCAGGCUUACAAGGCAACGUUUGCCAGCUUGAACCUUUUGUACAAGGAUCAUGCCUGGAAUUGACAGACCUCUAUUCCUACGAUGAAAAUAGAAACGACUGUGUUUUCUGGCAAGGAUGCCUUCUGGCUAGUAAUCAUUUUACCAAAAAAAACGAAUGCGAAGCCAUGUGCAAGCAAUAGUUCAACUAUUUUGUGAUCUGAAAAGGAUUUCAAUAUAUGAAGCCAUUUUUUUGUAAUAAAAAAUUUUAG